CGUUAUUUUCGACCUCAGCUGUCAAUCACCAGGUCCCGGCCGGUGAUUACUUGCAGGCACCCGGUGAUCGAGGAGCAUUGCCGACGGAGAGAGAGAGAACUGUAUGUAAACAACAGAGAUCUAUCACUGUCAGCUCCUGCACACUGCUUUGCAUGGCUCUGCAUAGCAGAGCCGGUUGAAAGCACACACACAACCCACAGUAAAACAGCACACAGCGCACAGUUAACCCUUUGAUCGUCCCACAUGUUAACCCCUUCCUGCCCAGUGUCAUUAGUAGAGUGUCAGUGCUUUUUAUUAGCACUGAUCACUGUGUUGGUGUCACUGGGGAUGUCAGUGACACCCAGUCAGUUCCCCCCAGUGUCAGAAUGCCCGCCGCAGUCCUGC